AUGGCGACACAUGCCGAGUGUCUGUCGCUUCCGACUGUGACAGUGUCUAGCUCUCCUUCGAGGCGUGGACGCCAGCGACAGAACGCUCACGACCUUCACCUUCUUUACCCUAUUCACGAGUCGGACGACCCUAAUGCGAUGUGCUCGCGAAGCAAAAGAAGUUCCGUCCUCACCAUGGAUGAACGGCGCGCCAGUCGGCGGUCUCUUUCGAGUAUGACACUGAUUGGCUCUAGUGAAUCAAGACCGAGUAGUUCACCACCUACUUCAGCGCAUACCUACGAGGAUGCUCUGCGACGACUGCAACAAUUCAAUAUGACUGACUCUCUGCUGUCGCUAAGGGAUGUGACAUCAAGAAGAAGCUCUCUUAUUGUACGGCCAUGGACGAGUGGCAGUGUCACUGAUGACGGCGAAGAGGCUUUCCCGGACAGCGGCGGCAGUACGACCAACUGGGUUGCUACUCGCAGUGGCAAUCUGGUGAGAAGCUUAAGUCGAUUACACCGCAAUGGGCAAGGGAAGGAAACAACGGUGACAACUGUCGAGUUGACGAAACAGGCAAGCACUUCUGAUUCGAGAUCAAUGCCUGGUUCACCGGAUGCGACGAUAGAACAGCCUAGCCAAAAUGAUGCAAGCACGUCUAUCUGGAAACGGAUUGUCAGAAGUAUAGGCUGCGUGUCAAUUUCAAUCGAUGAUAGGAAAGGGCGGCAAUGA